UAAUUUGCCACCACAAUACAGAAUAGUACCGCACACACGUACGAACACACACGAACACUACUCGCACUCAAGGUACAAUACAUGCACACACAAAUGAAAGACAAAUUUGAUUCAUGAACGAAGAUAUCGGAAGAAGUAGAUCUAGAGACAAGACUCAUGCCAGGUACUCCUCGGGGUGGUUUAAUAUGUAUGGACUUCUCUAAUCUUCCUAGCGCCUAGAAUAUAUCAUGGAUCGUACUUAACUGUUUAAGGUCAGGAGUAACAAGGACAGAUGACGACGUUAUAAUCGAGGUGAUCAUGACUUGACCAGAGGAUACAAUUCCACAUUCUUCUAUCAAGACGGCUUACAACACCAGAUUGCUAUCUCAGUCAACCAGGAGAUCUGAACAUUCAGACCCCACAUUAGAAAGAGACUUUAUACGGCAGUCUUUUGGGGGCUGAAGGGUGAUUAAUUCAUCAUUUGGAAGUCUCACUGUGUGAGAAACUGACCAGUGUGCAGAAACAAGGAACGUCAGGAUGACCAACAGUGGGUCAUCAUCCGUGGUCUGGGAAGCACUGGGGUGUCUGGCAGGUAUCGACUGGACCGCUCUCUUCUUUUGGUGUCUUAUCACUUUCUCUCUCUGCCUUGUCUCCAUUCUUCUCAUCAGUAUAUUUCUGCCUGUCACAAUAAAGGAAGAUGAAGGACUAACUACAGAUGGACCCGGGCAGCCACCUCAGGGACUAGAAGUCUUCCAACAACUCUUCUCCCAAAAGCUCCUGCCGAUAGAUUCCAGCACAGGUUGGCAGCUUAUAGGUGUCCAUCAUGAGCUCAGAUCUUGGGAGAAGAAGGUGGAGCUUGCAGGGAGCCUCUACAGUCUCCAUGGAUCUAGUGCUGUUGUAUCAUCUAAUGCAAAGGGUAUCUUGGAGACACUGAAAGACAUCACCAAGACCCAGGAAUGGGACCAUGAAGUAACAGAAUGCAACUACAUCACCUUCCCUACCACCACCGAUGCUGCCUCAGACCAUCCCCUGAUGGUAGAUGUAGUCAAUUUGAAUCUAGCUGCUAAACAGAAGACACUCCCACAAGAUUUCCUGGACAGGCUUGUUGCUUUUCUUGCCAUGCCCUACACCAUGCUGUCCAAUGGAUCUGGGUAUAUCACUACCGGGAAUGACCCCAAACCAGCUGUAGUUGCUAGGUCUUGGAAGAUGGAAGGAGAUGCAGCAGGUUGGAUGUUCAGUCGGACCGUGUUCAAGGGCAAAGGCCAUACAUUAGAUGAACUAUGGACGUACACUCUAGUACAACCAGCUACAGAAGAUGCCAACAAGAGCCUGAUGCAUCAUAUCACAUGCUCCGUGCUAUCUAAUAAAGACUCUUCACACUGUGAGAAACCAGCAUUAAGACUCGCUGCUCUCAAACAGUACUUUGAGCUGAAGCACCUUAAACUUAGCCCACUCUGCCAUUCCAGCCUUAAGCAUCUCACAAGCCACACCUUGCGAUCCAAAGCCUACACCAAUGGCACCUCGGACAAAUACUCUUCUUUGAGGAAAUCUCUUCCUGAUGAUGUCAUGCCUAUAUACAAUGGAUUGGAUGCCGAAGGCAAGUCGGACAGUCGAUUGACGGAGAGACUGGCCAUGAGUUGGCCAAGCGAUACACGCAAGCCUAGGGCAUCCAGUCUCAGUAUGUGGCAGGAUAACUCUUCCAGCGAUGAUGCAGGGUUUUAUAGUGAGAGGCAGCACAGGAGUCGUAGGCAGAGAGUCAAGAAGACAAUGAGUGCUGAUGUAACAGCAGGGGAAGGAGGGGGAAAGAAGGAUUCUUUGGAGAGAAAGACAGGGUCAUUGGAUAGAACCACUAGUGAGAAGGGAUUAGGAGGCCUAGAGGACAGUGGGGUUGUAGAUAAUAUGGCAGAGUACCAGUCAUUAGCUCAUCAAGGAGCACAGCUGGUAUUGGAGGAGAGUAUUAGAGCAGCUGGUAUCAAUGUGAAUGUUUCUGAAAAUGAUCAGAUGCAACAGACAGGGGGAUGGUCCUUUCACUGCCUUGAGAAGGAUGUGGUGAUAUUGAAGAAACCAAAGAAUGGAAAGUAUUACAGUUACCUUGGAAAGGGGAUCAUCAAAGCAUCUCCUGCCACCGUCUUCAAAGCCAUUAAAAAUCCGCGGACAAGGUUCACUUAUGAUACAAUGUUAAAGAAAAUGAACAUUGUGAAAACCUUCUCAGAAGACUUGUGUGUCUAUCACAUGGUCCAUGAAGUGCCUCAACUCUUGAAGAAAGAGUCAAGAGAUUUCUGUGUGCUACAAGUUUGUAAAGCAGUGGGUGAGCGUCACAUCGUGGCCUGCCGAUCCAUCGAGUGGAAAGACUGUCCAGAGGAAGGGUCAUUGGUCAGAGCUCAUAUGCUACCUAGUGGAUGGGUCAUUGAACCUGUAGGAAACCAGUACUCCAUGGUCACCUACAUUACUCAAGUUGCCUUGUGUGGUAAAGAUGUGCCAGCAGCCUUCAGUCAGUUCCUAUCAGUGAGAGUGCCGCUCAGCAUCGCUUAUCUUCGUCUCUUCAUGGAGGCACAGCUGCCUUGAACACUCUGUUAUGCCUCUAUCCUCACUCCUCCUCAUUCCUUCCAACAUGGUCAUUUCACCACUAUCUUCAGAGGUACCAUCCUACAAGGGUAGGAAGGGGAUACCGGUCGGACUAUUGGGGUAUCUCCUACCUUCCCUGUACAGUUAAUGUAUACAAUGACAUUUUCAUGUACAGGAAUUUUGCAGAUGAUAGGGAACAGACAUUUGUUGAAGUGUUGUUUUUACGUUAAUUUACACAGGCUACUUAUGAUACAUGCUUGCAAAUGAAUUGCCAGCUAAUUUUCGAGUGUGUUCUAAACUUUUGCAAAAAAUGAAGGCUUUUACAGAAAUCCAUCAUGUUUUGUAGUACUGUUAUGUAAAUAUUUUAUCAGACAACAUGGCUGAAAAAAUGUUUGUUUAUCUUUGAAAAUUAUCUCUUGAAAAAGUAAAAGAGCAGUUUUUCCCAAAGCAAGGAUUAAUUGAGGUUGAAUUAUUAUGACAAACUCAUUAUUUGCCUUAUUAAAGCUCACUUUCUUUAAAAUUUUGACAAUAAUUUGGCCCGGAAAGGGCUGAUGAUGUUAUUUAGUCAACUGAAACUCUCUGUAAUUACAUUCGAUAUUUAAAUCACAUAUUUCCUAGAAACAUGCCCUUUAGAAGAUAUACACAGGGUCAUUAAGUAUAAUUGGAAUUUUGCAGGAUAUCCCCUGUUCUUCAGUGGAAAGUAUGUUCAGCAUGUGGAAAGUAAAUAGGAAAAAGAGAAAGGACAGCAGAAGACUGAAGAGUAUAUUCUUCCUGCCUCAAAUAGUUGGUUGAGACUCAAUUAUCAAACAUCGGGCAGUUGUUGGAAAAGGCUUGUCUUAGUAGUCUGCUCAACUAUCAUCUGAUACAUUCAGGGAAACCUUUUCUCACUCUUUGUUUCUAUGUAAUACAAACAUUUCCUUGUAAUAUGAAACUAGAUACUUCUACAUUUCACCUUCAACAUUUCAAAUGCUCUAGACAAUAGAAUUUUUGUAAUUUUUGUAUUUGAAAUGUAAAAUGGAAUUCAAAUGUUCUCCAUUAGUUGCCCAUAUGUGGUAGUUUUCUGAGAGAUUUGAUAAAACAUUUUCCAAAGAGAGGUUUUUACCUUUAUGUAUGACUUUGAACUCUUAAUGUGCUCAGUCAGCAAUUUGUGUAAAAGUGGAAA